CCGGUGCCUCGGACAUAAGAUAUUCAUCACAGCUGUCUCUGCAUGCAUUUUCCUAUGCCCUACCACAAUUCUCACGCGGAAAGUUAGCCACUGAUUUGGUUUUAUUUUUGAUACUAGUUAGGAUCCUUCGACCUAAUGAUUUCGUAAUAGUUCACAAUUCUAGCAUGCAAAUCAGGCAGAUAUCCAGCCUUAAUGCAGGGGUCUAACUACGAGCCGGAGGAGUCGUAGGUAUCGGCCUAAGAUCCCCACCCGGCCCAUACGUGAUUCUAGCUUCGGCGGCGGAGGUACUACCUCACCAUUCAUAUCCUUUCUUUCUUCCGACAAGCAGGCUCGUACAUACGUCCAAUCCCCAGCAUUUCUGUCUAGAAGAAAGAGCCUUGAAGCAAGGAAAUCAGGGAAACGCCUUAAACAUACAUGAUUCACACAUGGCUUUCAGUACUCCCCCUCCGAGUGCACAACUCUCGCAAACAUUCUUAAGACUUGGCAUCAGCCGCCAGAUUAGAAUUAGAUUUCUCUCAUUAUCCUCACCCAUUUCUAACAACCACUCCACCACAACUACAUCUAAAUAUCAUCUCCCAACCCUUACGAGCUCCACAAGCCAGCGACCCAGACAUUUUUCGCAGGAGAGAAUCAAAAUGGCUAGCAACAGCGCGGCGUGGAUUAAAGCGGCCAAGAGCCACCCUUUUGUGGUUGAACCUGCCCCAGUAUGGACCCCCGAAGCCAAUGAGAUUCUUCUCAAGAACCAUGCUAUUGCUAUCAAUCCCGUCGAUGGUUCUCUCCAGGUUGGUGGUUGGUGGCCCCUUAACUACCCUACCAUGUUAGGUCAAGACGCUGCCGGUGUUGUCGCUGCUGUCGGCCCUGGUGUCACCGACUUCAAGGUUGGCGAUCGCGUCUUCGGUCACGCCGUCGGCAUGGCUACCAAGCGUAACCAGGACAACGCCUUCCAAGAGUACACCAUCAUUCAGACCAACAUGGCUACUCACAUCCCCGACCACAUUCCAUUCGAGAAGGCUGCCGUUUUCCCGCUAGCCCUGUCUACUGCCGCCUGUGGUCUCUACCAAGAUAGUAGCCUUAAACUUCAACUUCCUACCGUCCCCCCUCAGAAGCCCACAGGUAAGACUUUCAUCGUCUGGGGUGGUGCUUCGGCCGUCGGCAGCAAUGCUAUCCAACUCGUCAAGAACUCUGGUUAUGAAGUCAUCACUACUGCCUCUCCGAAGAACUUCGACUACGUGAAGAAGCUUGGUGCUAGCCAGGUCUUUGACUACAAGAGCCCUACCAUAGAGCAGGAUCUUAUCACUGCUUUGAAAGGCAAGACUACUGCUGGCGCUCUAGAAUGCAUCGGUGGCGCUCCGCAGGGCAUCCUACAGCAGGUCCUAUCUAAGACUGAGGGGGAUAAGGGCAUCGCCUGUACCAAGCGUGGUUGGCCCGAGCCACCCGCGGGUGUUCAGAUGUACUCUAUAUUUGGCACAACUCUUAAGGACAACUUCGUUGGAAAGGCCAUCUACAACGACUUCCUGGGCCCGGCCUUGAAGGCGGGUACUUACAUACCGGCACCCGAACCCACCAUUGUUGGCAAGGGUGUAGACAAGAUUCAGGAGGCCGUGGACCGUAUCAACAAGGGUGUUUCGGCUACCAAGUUGGUUGUUACCCUGUGAAUUUGAGGUAUACCCGUGUGAGAUGAGACAGAUUCACUGCUAAAUAUGCAAGGGGAUCCCUAUAUAGCUUCGUCCCAGACACUUCUUAGCUAGGCAUCUGCCAUAGAAUGCAUUCGGAGGAUAAUGUUAGUCGCUAGAUUUGAGUCAAAAUCUGGCUAUCACAAAAAUCCAUUAUGUAGAAAAAUAAGAAUCCAGUACCCUAUCCCC